CUUCCCGUUUGGCUUGUUGCCCGGUCUUUUUUCCUUAUCAUAAUACAAAAAGGAUAAAUAAGAAUACUUCUCUGUAUUUUUGUAAAAAUGGUGAAAUUCACGGUAGACGAGGUCCGCAGUAUCAUGGAUCGCACGAAAAAUAUCCGUAACAUGUCGGUUAUCGCUCAUGUCGAUCACGGAAAGUCCACUUUAACCGAUUCUCUGGUUGCUAAAGCUGGUAUUAUCGCAGAGGCUCGGGCUGGUGAUGCUCGAAUUAUGGAUACACGCCCUGAUGAACAAGCAAGAGCCAUUACUAUUAAAUCUACUGCCAUUUCUUUGCAUUUUAAGCUGAGUGAUAAGGAUAUGGCUUACGUCAAACAACCUUCUGAUGGAAAUGAGUUUUUAAUUAAUUUAAUAGAUUCGCCAGGCCACGUGGACUUUUCCUCUGAGGUUACAGCUGCGCUUCGUGUCACUGAUGGUGCUUUAGUAGUUGUCGAUUGCGUGGCAGGUGUGUGCGUUCAGACGGAAACCGUUUUGCGUCAGGCUAUAACAGAGCGGAUUAAGCCGGUUUUGAUGAUGAAUAAGAUGGAUCGAGCUUUGCUUGAAUUACAAACUGGCAAAGAAGAACUUUUUAUGACUUUGCAGCGCACUAUAGAAUCUGUCAACGCUGUUGUUAACACUUAUUGCGAUGAAGAUGGGCCCAUGGGCAAUAUAUCCGUGGACCCGACAGAGGCCACCGUUUGCUUUGGCUCGGGAUUGCAUGCGUGGGCAUUUACUUUAAAGCAGUUUGCUGAAUUUUAUUCUGGUAAGUUUAAUGUCGAAGUUGAUGUUCUUAUGAAAAAGUUUUGGGGUGAUAACUUUUAUAGCGCUAAAGAAAAGAAAUGGUCUAACACACAAAAGCCUGGUUAUGAACGUGGUUUUUGCCGUUUUGUUCUGGAUCCGAUAAUGAAAAUGGUCGAUGCGAUUUUAAAAAGCAAAAGGGAAGUUGUUGAGAAAAUGUGCAAGGCUUUGAAUAUUGUUCUUACUUCGGAAGAAUCACAAUUGGAAGGCAAAGCUUUACUUAAAACUGUCAUGAGGAAGUGGUUGCCCGCAGGGGAUGCUCUUUUGCAAAUGAUUACCAUUCAUUUGCCCUCUCCUUAUACUGCUCAAAAAUAUCGAACUGAACUUUUAUAUCAGGGUCCAAUGGAUGAUGAAGUUGCCGUGGCUAUGAAAAAUUGCGAUAAGGAUGGUCCUCUAAUGCUAUAUAUUUCUAAGAUGGUUCCGGCAUCGGAUCGCGGGCGGUUUUAUGCUUUUGGUCGCGUUUUUUCAGGAACAGUAACGUCUGGUCAAAAAGUUCGCAUCAUGGGGCCUGAUUACAAACCGGGGAAAAAGGAAGAUCUAACGGUAAAGCCGAUUCAAAGAACCGUUCUUAUGAUGGGUAAGUACAUAGAGUCCAUUUCUUCUGUCCCAGCUGGGAACAUUGUCGGUUUGGUUGGUAUUGAUCAGUACUUAGUUAAAACGGGAACAUUGACCGAUUGUGAAACUGCUCAUAAUAUGGUUCAAAUGCAGUACUCUGUCUCGCCGGUUGUGCGCGUCGCGGUGCAGUGUAAAAAUGGUUCAGAUCUUCCUAAGUUGAUUGAAGGGCUUAAGCGGCUGGCUAAGUCCGACCCCCUCGUCCAAGUGACCUUAGAGGAUUCUGGCGAUUAUGUUAUUGCCGGUGCUGGUGAACUGCAUUUAGAAAUAUGUUUAAAAGAUUUGCAAGAAGAUCACGCUAUGAUCCCUUUAAUCAUUUCUGAUCCCGUUGUCUCUUAUCGCGAGACCGUGUCUGAUCUUUCCAGCAUCGAAUGCUUGUCCAAAAGCCCCAACAAGCACAAUCGGUUAUACAUGCGCGCUGAACCGUUGCCGGAAGGUCUUUCUGAAGCUAUUGAUAACAAAGAUAUAGAAGCUUCAAUGGAACCUAAAGCGCUUGCAAAGCCUCUGGUCGAACAGUUUGGCUUUGAUCAAACCGAUGCCCGUAAAGUUUGGGCGUUCGGCCCUUACACUACUGGCCCCAAUCUUCUUGUUGAUACUACUAAAGCAGUUCAGUAUUUACAUGAAAUUAAAGAUCACGUAACAGCUGGUUUCACCUGGGCCUCCCAAGCUGGGGUUUUGUGCGAAGAAAAUAUGCGGGGCAUACGAUUUAAUUUAUUGGACGUUGUACUUCACGCGGAUGCUAUACACAGAGGUGCCAACCAAUUGAUGCCUACAUCUCGUCGUGUAAUAUACGCCUCUCAACUUACGGCAAAACCGCGCUUGAUGGAACCCGUUUUUUUGGUUGAGAUCGAAUCCCCUGAAUCUGCCGUGGGGGGGAUUUUUUCAUGCCUUAACAAGCGUAGGGGUACCGUUCUUGACACUAUUGCAAAAGAAGGGACCCCUAUGCGCACUGUCCGGGCUCACUUGCCCGUUGCGGAGUCAUUUGGGUUUACCUCUCAACUUAGAGAGGCCACUCAAGGUCAAGCAUUUCCCCAGUGCGUAUUUGACCAUUGGGCCAUGAUUUCUGACGAUCCUAUGAUGCCCACUUCUAAAGCAGGAGUGAUUGUUAAAGAUAUUCGUAAGAGAAAAGGUUUAAAGGAAAGUAUUCCUUCUUUAGAUGAGUACUUUGACAAACUUUGA